UCUACUAGAGUGGACAUGAUGCAACAAAGGGUUAAUUUCAGUUUUCACAUUUUAUUAUUGAACAUUUUUAACAGGAGUCCUUAUCCCGGCGGCAUCAAAAUUCAUCUCGGAGCUCACAGCAAAUAUAAAAAGACUCAAUAUGAGCAAGUGAGGAUCUCCAAGAAAGUGAUUGCUUAUCCCGAUCUCGAGCUUGACGAUAUCAGGAGAUAUUCUAUGAACGACGAUGUCAGUCUCAUCAAGCUGAACGCACCAGUGAAAUUCAAUAAUGGCGUACAGCCCGCCUGUAUGCCCAGGCUUGGCUGGCAGUUACAGCCGGGUACUAUUUGCUAUGUGACAGGAUGGGGGGAGAGCAGAGGAUCCGGAGGAGCAGAAUUCUUGAAGCAGUCUGAUCAAAUGGUCCAGUCUAAAGAAAACUGCAGCGUUAACGAACAUACUCAAAUAUGUGUUGCUAAACACCAAAGUUCUCCUUGCCAUGGUGACAGUGGUGGACCACUUUCAUGCCAACUCGGUGAUAAAUGGUACGUGUUUGGAGCUGCCAGCUGGGUCACAACCACUAACUUCAUGACUGGCUUGUGCACGGGACCAGGUGCUAAAACCGUGUACGCCAAUGUUGCGGAUAAAGCAGAAUGGAUAAAGACCAUGAUAGACAGAUACAGCUGAAAAUGAAUGUUCCUUGUGCUUUGUACAGGAUUAUUAUCAAUGAUAAAUAACGAACUUUAGCAAUAAAAUCUUAAGCCGA